AUGAGCAACCCUGCGAGUGGCAUUCGUGAUUGCGAAGCCGACUCCAACAACGACGACGAUGCAAUCGAGUACGAGUACUUGAUCAAAUACCAAGCCGAGAAUCAACAACCAGUCCAAGAAUAUGACUGCUACGGCGAUGCCAAGUUAGACAUAGGUGUCCUCGACCAACUUCCCAGCGCACCCUUCAACUACAUCUACCGCAUGACAGUUCCCAGCAACUCCAAGAAAUGUGUCGCCGUCAGAAUGGUCCCAGAAACCUGUGUCGUUGGCAAGUGCCCUUAUGGAGAUUUGUGCAACAUCACCCCAGGUCUUAUCACUGCCUACCAACAGUCGCGCGGGGAGGCUGCGUCUAUUCAUUUCUCCGAGAAUAGGGGAUUCAAGUUUCAUAACGAUGUGGUCUAG